UCAUGUGACCUAUGAGGUUAGUUUGUUGGAUGUUCGUUUUUCUUGUCGGUAAAAUGCGACUCAAUUUCUCGAUUUGCACCAACUGACAAAAAACCCAACUCAGCUUUACAGUAUUUUGAGAAAGAAAAAUCAUGUUACGUACUUGUCUGCACUCGUGUUCCCUUCACAACGAGUCAAACGGAAGACGCUUUUGAGGAGUAUAUUGGAAAAUAUUUGAAAGACCACCCGGCUACAUGAGUCGGUGUGCUUUGAACACAAAAACGAACGCUCCCAAGGUAACGCGGGAAACGCUACUGUGUAGGUUCAGUGUUUUCCAGAGAAGAGCAACCACAACGCUAAUCCAUAUAUUUACGGAUAUUAUCAUCGUCAGCGCCAACAAAUGACCUGACCCCCACAGUCUUUAGCUGUUUAGCUCCGAUCUGAGAAAGUUAAACUUCGACAACACCGCUGCCAUCCACAGGCUGUGUGGUGUAUCCGGACCGUUUAAACUAACAAGGAGCAGUUAAUUAUAUGUCGGUCCCCGCGCUGCUUAUUAACGUUUGUCUCUGUAGCCACCGAGCAAUUAUUAGCUCUCACACAAAGACUGGAGUCUGGCUGACUAGCUAAACAACCAACAAACCUCAAGUUCUGUUGAUUUGCAAAAUGGAUACGUUUCAGAAGGUGGAAAAGAUAGGAGAAGGGACGUAUGGAGUGGUUUACAAAGCCAAGAACAAAGUCACCGGAGAAACUGUUGCACUUAAAAAAAUCCGACUAGACACUAUUCAGAGUUAUCUUUUCCAGCUGUUGCAAGGCCUGGCCUUUUGCCACUCUCACAGGGUUCUUCAUCGAGACCUGAAGCCCCAGAACCUCCUCAUCAACGCCCAGGGGGAGAUCAAACUCGCUGACUUUGGCCUGGCAAGAGCCUUUGGAGUGCCCGUCCGCACAUACACACAUGAGGUGGUAACACUUUGGUACAGAGCACCAGAAAUCCUCCUGGGCUGUAAAUACUACUCCACAGCUGUUGACAUCUGGAGUCUGGGGUGCAUCUUUGCUGAAAUGCUCACCAAGAGGGCCUUGUUCCCCGGCGACUCUGAGAUUGAUCAGUUAUUCAGAAUCUUCCGCACCUUGGGCACACCUGAUGAGACUGUCUGGCCUGGAGUCACAUCAAUGCCUGACUACAAACCAUCUUUCCCCAAGUGGGCCCGGCAGGAAUUAUCUAAAGUGGUGCCGAUUCUUGAUGAGGAUGGAAGAGAACUGCUUGGAGAAAUGCUGAAUUAUGAUCCAAACAAAAGGUUAUCUGCCAAAAACGCCCUCGCACAUCGAUACUUCCGCGACGUCACCAUGCCAGUUCCUCAUCUGAGACUCUGAGUCAAGCAAAAUAUCGGCCCAUUUUAACACCAACAAUGUCUAAGCAAUAUGGACCUCCUCGCUUCAUAUCCACGGCUGGAGUGGACAGAAAAUGUGGACACUACAGGAUAUGUUGGAUCCUUCAAAGGAUAUUUGUUAAUGCCUAAAAACCAGCUUUCUAGAUGACCGACAUCCUGAGAGUUUUGCUGUUUUUUCAGCCAUGGUAUAGUAGUUAUGAAACUAAUUUUCAAUAUCAUAUUUGUGUGCAACUGCCAUUUUUGAUGCUAAUGCUAUUUGGGAUUGGGAUGGUCCUGUGACUGAGUACAGGUCAGAUUGACUAAUUCUAGUUAUCUGCCAUUACCAAUCUGCCAAUACUGCCAUUUCCUAAUUUAAAUGUUAUGUUGGCUUUAGGAAAUCCAAAUUUAAAUAGUCAAUUAGUUAGAAUUAAAUAUGAUUGAAGAAGUGUGUGGGAUAGUGCAAAUAACAAAUGUCAGCCAACAGUUUGUGCCAAAAGAACAUGAGACUACGGUUGUGUUCUUUUAGGUUGAUUUCUUGCAGUUAAAUCCUGUAUUUGGGUUUAAUGUAUCUUGAAGUGUUUUUUUUAACAGCACUUGUAGUUUAACACGCAAAACUGUUUCUGGUCGUUUGUUGGCAGGAUCACUCCCCUGAAUGAAGUGCUUAGAGCUUUGUACAUACAGUUGUGAAAUACGAAUGUUCCCCGUUGUAUUCAGAUUUUACGGAAUUUAAUGUGCUGUUGCGUCUUUCUUACUCUAGAUUUUAUUCAAACGUAAUGAACCGUUUUUAUGGAUAUUGUUUAUUUACAGUUUGAAAAAAAAAUAAACUUGUUUAAACAACUG